UGUCGUUAAUAACGGCGCUUAGUUUCUGGGGCAGCGCUAUCUGUGAGUCAACCACUUAAGCGAUGGCUCGCCCGCGUCAUGUGGAAGAUAGAACGUCUUAACCUCAACUCGCGCGAUUGCCUUUUAAGUAGCGAUCCGCGGUCGUGAAAAACACGAAAUGCAAAAUCCCAACGAGGAUACGGAAUGGAACGACGCGCUCCGCGCGAAAGGCAUAAUCCCGGCGAGGGAGAAGGAAAUCACCGAGGAGCAGAUCGUGUCGAUACUCGAAGAUACCAUCGAGAAAAAGACGUCGGACGGGAAGAAGCUGGACGAGCUGGACCUCGACGAGCUCGACGAGCUCGAGGAUUCGGAAGACGAGGCGGUCCUUUUGGAGUACCGAAACAAGAGGCUCGCGGAGAUCAAGGCGUUGACGGAGAGGUCCAAAUACGGCUUCGUCGGGGAGAUAUCCGCCCAGGACUAUGUAAAUGAAGUAAACAAGGCUGGCGAAAGCGUCUGGGUCGUUUUACACCUCUACAAGCAGGGUAUACCGUUGUGCGCGUUAAUUAACGAACACAUGAGGCGACUCGCGCCCAGAUAUCCCACGGUAAAAUUUUUAAAGUCCAUAUCGACUACUUGUAUACCGAAUUAUCCGGACAAAAACCUGCCCACCGUGUUCGUUUACUUCGAGGGCGAACUCAAGCGGCAGAUCGUCGGCUCGCUUGAGUUCAGGGGCCCUAACCUCACCCAAGAAGAAUUUGAAUAUCUGUUGGGUAAAACGGGAGCCAUAGAGACGGAAAUCAAAGAAGACCCGCGACCCAAGAUUAAAGACAAGCUCAUGUCCGACCUCGCGAGCACAAACGAUUGGUCUUUGUGAUUGUUUAUAAUAUAUGUUAAUUUAUUAGUUUUUCGUUGUUUUGUAUUCAUUCA